AUGCCUAAAAUCACUUUAAAACAAAAUUAUCGCAAGCGGGAUAGAUUUGUUAAUUCUAAUAUAAAUACAGAUAAUUUCAAUUUACGUGGCAAAACUAAUAGUGGUAAAGGCGACUCCAAAAAUAUUCUCACUAUCCUCAAACCAUCAUUUCCUUCAACCUUAAUGUUAGAUGAUCUAAUUAAAAGAAAUACCAACAGUAAGCCAAAAUUGCUUCCAAAUGCUUUUAUUGCAUAUAGGAUGGCAUUGAUGAAAGAAUAUCGUAUUAAAAAUUGUAAAUUACCUCCUAUGGGUGAAGUUUCUAAAAUCGCUAAAAAUUCUUGGAAUAUAGAACCUAAACACGUAAAGGACUUUUAUGAAUCACUUGUUGAGGAUGCAAAAGCAAUUUAUAAACAAAAUAAUAUUCAAAUUAUAUUAGAUAAACAUAUGGGUAAUCAUGUGGUAAAUAGUCAAGAAAACGAUGCAACAUAUAAUGCAGUCGUAAAUGAAGAUAGCCAGAUUCAGAAUCCUUUUGAUGUUGAGAAUUCUAAUAAAUCUAGCUUUCUUAGUGUCGAUUCUACUUCGAUUGGCGAUCAAGAGUACAUUAAUGUGUUGGAACAAAUAAUUUACUGUUUACUUAAAAAUUAA